AAGAAACCCUAAAAGUCCCAACGCUCACUACAAAUAUUCUCGCGUGUACGUAGAAAACUCAUUGCUCCAUGCAUCGAUCGAUCGAGGUCCAGCUAAUUUUACUCUCUGGCCUCCUGAUCAGUUUAGCAGCCAGACAAGGUCAGAGUUCUAGCUAGAUAGCCAGAAGAAAUAGAUCAGCUGCUCAAUCUCUGCAAUAUUGUAGUUCAUAGGCGACUAGCUAGGCUCAAAUUAAGCUAAUUAAUUUGCAUCAAGGGCGCGCUUUGAAUUCAAGCCUCUGAUCAUCUGCAAGCAUCGAUUGGCCUGAAAAUGAGGAACGCUCUUCUUCAUGAAUACUCCUCACACCUUUACAGCUUCGGAAACAGUACUUAUGAAGUCCAGAUGCCAAACCUGGAUCACGUCUCUAUGCAAAUGAAUAGCGAAGGAGAUCUCCAUGGUAAUGGCUUUUUAAUGAAGCCCGUAGUAUCCAACAACGAAGACCUACAGCUGGGAAAUGGAUCAUGCUAUCCAGACCCUUUUCGGUCCCUUCUUAAUUAUAGCUAUCAAUCAGGUUAUGAAUCUGGUUCCUCUAGCUGUGCCGACAUUAUUCCUCAGCAUGAGUCAAUGUUGCUAAGCAAGCGACCUUUUCUUCCACAAUUUGAAGAAGACUUGCAGGGAAUGCCAAAUGUAAGGAAACGUCCAAUUGAGCUGAUCAAUGACGCCUUGCCCAAAAUAGGAACCGAUAUGGUUGGAAACAUGGCAGUAUUGAGCGAGUGGAAGAAGAAUAAGAGAAACAAGGUCUCAACCCCUGAUAAAAAAUGGCAGCAUCAAGUGCAUGUGCCUAUGAGGAGGUCAGGCCAAAAGCUUUGUGACAAGAUCACAGCUCUUCAAAAGCUGGUCUCCCCCUACGGCAAGACUGACACUGCAUCAGUUCUUCAAGAGGCUUCUCUUUAUAUCAAGCUACUUCACCAGCAAAUUCAGAAUCUCUUUCAGAUGCUGAGCAGCUCAUACAAAAGUAGUACUGCUGUAGCCGGUCAUGAACGACAGGUGGAAAUUGGAGAACAGCUAGACCUAAGGAGCAAAGGGCUUUGCUUGGUUCCUGUAUCAGUUACUCAAAAUGGAGAGCUAGAUCUGUUGAGGACCAGACCCGGCCUCAUGCAUAGCUAGCAUUAGCUCUAGCAAGUUGAUUAUUUUUGUUUAAUUUCCCCCAAGCCUAGCCAGCCCACUUUACUUAAUUAAUUCGAUGCCUGCGGGUUAAGAUGUUAAGAACAUGUUAGCGUACGUGCGUAUAAUAAUAUUCACCACACCUUUUAUUAUUGGGGGUUGGAUUAAUUUAAGAGUAAUGUUAGAGAGAAGCCA